CUCCGUCCUCAGCAGAGAGGCUCGUUGAAAGUGCGUCGUUGUUGUUUUUGUUUACAGCAGUUAAAAAAUGUGCUGAGUCAUUGAGCCUGUUCUUCUGAAUACAGGGUUAACGUACUGUAACGUGUUUAAGGUGUGCUCUGUGUCAGAGGUAACGCCGACAUGUUGACAGAGUUAUUGUAGGCUACCGGAGCACUUUGGACUAGUUAUACCGGACAUUAACGCUUCAAUCUGUGGGAGCUGGAAAAUGGCAGUUUUCUCUGUCAUUCUGAGCUGGAUCGUUGUGUUCCUCCUCACUCUGGUUUUUAUAUCGUUCCUCGGUUACUGCCUGUACGUGAAACACCAGCAUAUGAAAUAUGACCACAUACCCGGGCCGCCGAGAGACAGUUUUCUCUUCGGACAUUCACCUACGUUUAUGAGGGUCAUGAGAAAUGGCGGGCUUGUACACGACAAGUUGCUGGAGUGGUCUGAGAGUUACGGACCUGUUUACAGGGUUAAUAUUCUGCAUUACGUUAUGCUUAGUGUGACCUGCCCAGAGACAACCAAGGAGGUCCUGAUGUCCCCAAAGUAUCCCAAAGAUAGAUUCCUCUACAAGAGACUCUUCUACCUGUUUGGUCAAAGGUUCUUCAUCAGACUAUCAGACCGAUGUCACACUGAGGACUAAUGAACAAACAGAUUAAACAGAGGAGCAGCUCUGUGUCUCUGAGUGUUGAUGGA